AUAUAUAUAAAGCAUUACUUCCGCAACAUAUGCGCCUUACUGGCAUCGGCCCCCUCACAAAUCGUUCCACGUACAUUUACUACUUUCUAGACGGACCAGUCGCUCUCAAAUAAUGGCAUCUCAACCAGCCAAGCUGCAGAAGCCAUCAGGCGCAGUGCAGUGUGUUGGCCCUUUGUAUCGUUCCGAAAGCCAGAAACCAUCCGCGACUGUCUCUACGGAGAUGAACCUCGAUAACGUUCACAUCCUACCUCAGACCCCUCAGCUUAUCGCUCUUCUCACGAUCAUUCGCGACAGGAACACGGAACGUGGUGACUUUAUCUUUUACUCUAAUCGUAUCAUCCGCUUGCUUGUUGAGGAGGGAUUGAACCAUCUACCUACCAUUGAACAUGAUGUUACUACGCCCAUUGGACGGACGUAUUCAGGUCUCCUGUUCCAAGGAAAGAUUUGUGGUGUUUCAAUCAUGCGAGCUGGCGAGGCUAUGGAACAGGGAUUGCGGGAUUGUUGCCGAUCUGUCCGGAUCGGCAAGAUCUUAAUCCAGCGUGAUGAAGAAACUGCUCAGCCAAGGCUUUUCUACGACAAGCUCCCAGAGGAUAUUGCACAACGGUGGGUUAUGCUCCUGGACCCCAUGUUCGCAACAGGCGGCUCUGCCAUCAUGGCUGUGGAGGUGCUAAAGUCCCGUGGCGUACUGGAGGAACGGAUCCUGUUCCUUAACCUAAUAGCCAGCCCGGAAGGUGUUAGGGCAUUCACCUCCAAGUUUCCUAAGCUUCGUGUUGUAACAGCCUUCGUCGAUGAGGGACUUGAUGAGAAGAACUACAUCGUGCCAGGACUGGGCGACUUUGGCGACAGGUUUUAUACCAUGUAGAAGAACGCAUACUACCGGUGCUCGGCUGCCAUCACCUUUGCUCGUAUUCUUCUAAUGCGCAUCGAAUUCAGAUUUGCCAGUCCC